UCAACGAAGUCAUGUGACGCGAGAAAAUUAACUUCCUCCAUUUUUGCAUGUUUUUGCAACAUAAAGCGUGUUUUUGGUGAACUCCGAUUGGUUUUCUCCUUCCAAUUUGAUCGAUCAAGUUGUUUUCUAUCCAUUUCAUCAAACAGAAGUUGGAUAAUGGUUUAAAGAGUAAGAAAUGUGCUGCCAGCAGAUUCCAGUGCACUGACGGGCAUCAGAUUCAGAAUAUAAAAGCAGGAUAGUCUUUCUGGGGCGGGUUGCAGCCGACAGCGUUGUACCAAUGCCUGCGGCUAACGGUCGAGCAGCAAACAUGACCAAGGGGAAGUUACUUAAGGUCGUCCUCCUUGGCGACGGUGGCGUGGGCAAGAGUUCCCUCAUGAACCGAUUCGUCAGUAAUAAAUUUGAUUCUCAAUCGUUUCACACGAUCGGAGUAGAAUUUCUUAAUAAGGACGUGAUGGUCGACAAUGAGAGUUAUACGAUGCAGAUAUGGGACACGGCAGGACAGGAGAGAUUCAAAAGUUUACGAACUCCGUUCUAUCGUGGUGCUGACUGCUGCUUGUUGACAUUCGGCGUCGACGAUAUGCAAAGUUUUAAAAAUCUUCAAAUGUGGCGGAAGGAGUUCUUAUAUUAUGCGGAUGUCCAGGACGGUGAUAACUUUCCAUUUGUGAUUCUGGGGAAUAAAGUGGACGUGAUGAAUCGCGUGGUGACUCCAGAUGAGGCACAGGCUUGGUGUCAAGCCAACGGUAAUGUGCCCUAUUAUGAAACUAGUGCCAAAGAUGCGAUUAACGUGGACGAAGCAUUUACUGAAGCUGUGAAACGUGUGAUAACCAUGGAGGCCAACUUAGAUCUACGAGGAGGGUUGCACAGUGAUACGGUCGACUUGUCCAGGAAGUUACAACGAGCGGGUGGGGGCUGUUGUUAGUCAAGUGAUUGUAGUUUAGCUAACUUAUAAUAUGAACCAUCUUAACUGGGGAUUCGACUCACAGCAGUAAAUUUGACCUUAUUCAAUAUUGUAUUGUAACUAUUGCUUUGAAAUAUUAAGAAAGCUGUGAAGUUCCGAUGUGACUCUUGCGAUUAUGAUAUUCCUGACAUUCGUUUUUGGAGCGCAUGUUCAUCAUGGGAAUUUCAGAAUCUGGAACGUCAUCCAUCUUUGCAUUUUAGACCGAGAAAUGUGUUUACCUGAUUAUAUUUACACGUCUAUUCCUAGAAAUGAGAAUUCCAGUUGACAAUAACAGUUGUGAUAAAAAUCAGCUGGAAAAUACUGUACAUCUCUAAAAUAAAAAAGUGAAAUAUUUCUUUUAAAUUGCUUUGACCGCCUCCCCCAGUACCCUCAAAAUAAAACCAAGCGGAGACCAUGCUCAAUGUUGUAAGUAAAGCUACAAAUGAUUUAUGUGGGCAAGGGUGAUAACGAUUUCUAUAAAUAAAGUAUGUAGAACCUCUCCAUUAAGGACACCCUUGGGACUGACUUAUGCUGUCCUAAUAGAGAGGUGUCCUGAUUACAGAGGUUGGAUUGAAUAGAAGCCACCCCUUCGGGACCAAAACCGCUGUCCUUAAUAGAGAGGUUGUCCUGGUAGAGAGGUGUCUGCCAAGAAAGGUUCCACUGUACUUAUCAAGUCCUUACUAUGAACAUCUGGGCCUGGAUUGAUCUCUCGUUUUCAACAAGUUCAGGUCACGAGUGGUAAGAACACGAUGUGGCCUGAUUACCCUUAUCAUUAAAAAAAUCAUUACGGAACAGGUGUUAUAUUUAAAAAUGUAUAAUGCGACAUUAAGUUGUAGUAAGUUGUACUAUUACAGUACAUGUUACAACGAUUUUUAACAUUGUGACUGAACAUAAAUGUUCAUGAUGAUACAUACAUACUUGUCUAGCUCCGAGAUUUGCUUGAACCAUUUUCAAAGCCUGAUAACUGUUACUGAAAGAUAGUCGAAAGUAUUCAGUUGAAAUAAUUCCAAACCAUUGAACAUGCAGCCUCUGCCACUGGGCAAUGCAGUGGCUUGGUAGAUGCUGCUAGCCCAUCAGUUUGCUUAAGAAAGAACUACAGUAGAACCUCUCUAUUAAGGACACCCUCGGGACAUGUGUCCUGAUUGAAGAGGUCAAUAAUAGAGAUUGUCCUUAUUAGAGAGGUGUCUGCUAAGGGAGGUUCCACUGUAUUUAUUUGCACCUGCAGCAACUCUUAGGUAUAGAGCAAAAUCAAAGAUCUCUCAACAUCUCUAAGUCUAACCACUAAUAAUACUAACUUGACAUCUAGCUUGCAUUUUCGCAUGUUGACCUCGAGAUAAUUACCACUUGUUCUUUUUACCCAUCAACUUCUUGUCUACAUUGUAAUGAUUGUAAUUUGUGCGAUGUAACAAUAAUGUAAACAGUAAUACAUCACUUUUGCUGAAAAACUAAAUUACUAACCCUCAUUGACCUAAAGUACUCCAAUAUUCAGCAUAUUUAGACACGCUGAAUUGGUAUUAACCUUGUAAAGACUUCAGUCAAAAGUCUUGUGUUUCACCCUGGAAAAAAGAAAGGCUGAAAACCAUUGUUCAUGGGAUACAUGAACAGUUGAGGGAGAAUGAUGCAUCAAAUACUAAAACAUCUCGUUAAAGCAAGGUUUUCAAUGUAAAAUGCAUCAGGCCUCAUUCUGCUGCAGCAUCUUUUGUGUCACAACUGAGAACCGCUUGAGUUGGUAACAAUGUUGAACAGACAUGAAAUCUAAAUUGUCAUCAUCAGAUUUCAUAGUUUGAGGUGUUUUAUACUAUCAUCGUCAACACUGCUUGAGUGGACCUGUUAUUGUAUUGAAACCAAACCCUCAGCAAACUGCUGCAGGUUUGGGUGAUAUUUUAUCUACCUCUGUGGUAUUGUGAAAACCAAUACCUCCAGUUCGGUACCAGUUCCGAUGCGGAUAUCGAAUUGUGUUUUACCAGGCCAGGGGAUUAAAAUAUUACACAUGCAGUUGUAGUGCUUUAUACUGAACUUUCAUUCUCCAACCCCAGGUUACCCCACUACUCUACUACUGUAUUUAUGUUAAUGUGUGAACACAUAUGUGGUAAUUGUUAAUUGAUUGUUAUGACAAUCAGAGAACUGUUUUAAAUUAUCCAUUAAUUGGCCUCGGGCUAGUUCAGUUAUUUAUUUGUAUUUCAUUCCAUGUAACCUAUUUGUACUGUAUAAGGCCACACCAAUUUGUACUGGAUUGCUAGUACAUUGUACUGUAAAAAAUGCCUUUUGAAGGGAGAUAUAUAUGCUUAGAAGCUUACUCACUGACCGGAGUUACUCAAAUUGGUGUGGCCUGAAAGUUUGGAACUAAAUCUUUAUUUUAAUACAUUUGAAUUGAUAUGAUAUGAAGAUACUUUAAAAAUUGGUCAGUAGGUCUAGGACACAACUCGGUCAAGAUAGCCUGUAGCUUCAGUGUACUUUGUAUUGUAAUAGUGCAAAAUAUUGGAAGCAGGAGGAGAAGGCUAAAGAUUCAUGACACCAAGACUAGUCAUGGGAGCCCGGACUUCAAAUCCUCCAGUAUUUUCCACAGACAUGAAAGAUGUCACAAGUUCUCGUACAUGUACAGUCCUACUGUUGUACUUUUUAACUUCGCAAAUAUUUUAUGGUGGUUCAAACAAACGUGGACAGGUUGUCUUUUUCUUGUAUUUGGCCACGAUGGUGAGGGAAAGAUGAAAAUAAGUAGGUUUCAUGUAGAUGUUUAGACUGCCAUUUUACAAUGUGCACCUUGAAAGAAAGGGCCUGUCUUUAUAUUCCAUUUCAAUAUUCUGUAUGAAAUUGCGUCCAACUUUUGCUCGGUCUGCUUAUGCCUGUGAUUAGUUCAGAUGAAAUUAUGGAGUUCACGUUCAUGACAUAUUUUAACUGAAGCUUGUAAUUACCAGAAAAUGCUUUAAUCCCUGGGGAAAUUAUUUUACUGCACUUUGCAUCAUUAUAUGUUGGUACCAUGCCCUGAGACAGAGAUCUCUGGACUGCAACAUCACAUAUGAAGUCUACUGACAACCUGUUUUCAAGUCAUCCUGUUUUUAUCCUGAUCGUCCUUCCUCUCCGGGGCGACAAGACAAGGCUGGACCACUGCAUCCAGAGCUGUCAUCAAUCCUCAUCCUGACAUAACCAGUGAUUUUCCAUAUACUCCCCCUCUCGAUACUGUAUAGGAGGAAGGAGUAUAGCAAAACCUCAUCGCAGGAUGUCAAUCUUUGGCAACCACGAUUUCUUUUGCCCCGUGGUGUCCAUUUCAAGGCAGUCCUGGGGAUGCUGCCUCGCUUAAUCUCACCAGCUUCUGGUUUGGAGAUUUUCCCUUUCAACAAUAAUUUUUGAUUCAGAGUGCAGUUCCCUUUAUUUGCGUCCAAUUGACUAUGAAAUGAAUUGCUUUGAGGAAGCUUUAUUUUUUAAGUAGGUUGACACCGUACCAGUUGGAGCAGUACUACUAACUAUGUAUAAAUUGGAAAUUAUUUGAGAUGUAAUAAAAGUCUUGCAUUUU